AUGGACCAGACUUACGCUGAAAUAGAGAACACGUACGCAGAGAUUGCGACCACCUCAGCGAUCAGCACGACUCCGAGAAGACGGGAUGAGUCCCAGAAGCACCGUCAUUUGAGAAGGGACUUCGGCAGCAGACUUCCGAUCGAAUAUCGGUGAGUCGUGGCCUACCGAACUGCCUAUCUCAUCGUAUCAUUUUGCAGAUAUCCGAAAAGAAACAGUAUGACGUCAUCUUCAGCAACGAAGAAAUGGAGUCUGGCGAGCAAGAGCUCCUCCUCCGGAUACUCCUCCUCCAGCAGCGUCUCUUCAAUCACAACAAUCAUUAAUGGCGCCAAACCGUACCGUCCGAAACGGGAAGAAUCCAGCGCAGAGGAAGCGGAAGGAACAAGUAUGAUGAAUAAAGUGAUCGGAGAAGACAGUGGUGGCGAAGAAGAGUCAGAAGAAACGGAAAGAACUCCAAAGUCGAGAGCGUGCUGCAUCGAGUGUCGUGAAAAGGAAAUCCGAGAUGAAUUUGAGCUCGAAUCUCAUCAAUACGCGAAUCUGAAAUCGAUUCGGAGACCUCAGGAUCCAUACGGUACCAUUUUCAAAAUAAUAAAUUUGCAUAGUUAUAAAUUUUCAGUCUUUCUAAUGGUUUCGAUGCUGACGAGCCUGCAGAAGGAGGAAGGCGGACGGAGAGUGGCCAAAGUUCAGCAAAGACUCGAAAAAGUGCUGCGACUGAAGCCGAGAGAUCCGUUCAACGUCGAACAUAAGCCGACUUUCGAUCGACAAGUCGCUUCAUUCAGUUAGUCUCAGUUUUUACCAUUUCCUUCACAAUCGCAAUCUCAGGUUCGGAAGUAACGAUUCGCCUUCGAGCAGUCAGCGACGUAGCGCCGGACACUUAUCGAGAUGUGUCGGCCAAGUUUUGUGAGGCCCUUCACCACGGAUCACCGAACACGAAAGGCCUGAAAAGUAUCUUGAAGGGCAUGAAGAAUCUACUCAACUUUUGA